AUAAUCACAAGCUAUCACAAAGGGGAAAAUGUAUACUUACCAUUGAUAGUUUUACCAUAAAUUUCCUGACCUUAAUUUGAUUAAAAUCUCAACUUAAAGACUGCAACAAUAUAGAUUUCUUUAAAGUUUAAUUGCUCAUUUCACUGAACAUUGAGUGCAGGAAAAACCUCAAGCUGGGGCAAAAACGUGGUAGAGCGGAAGGAGAAGUUAAGGACUGAGCUGCUUUGCAGAUCAGAGUGUUUGAAAGUGAACAGCCAACCUGACAAGAAGCAAAAACCACAGAACAGAGUACCACAUCGUCUUUCUGUUCACUUUGUUUCACAAAAUCAUCCAGGCUCUUCCUACUCUCCUCUCUUACCACCUCUCUCUUCUUUUUUUUUUUUUUUAGUUAUUUCACAGAUGCCACUGGGGUAGGUAAACUGACCCAACUCUGCAGCACUCAGAAGACGAAGCAAAGCCUUCUACUUGAGCAGUUUUUCCAUCACUGAUAUGUGCAGGAAAUGAAGACAUUGCCUGCCAUGCUUGGAACUGGGAAAUUAUUUUGGGUCUUCUUCUUAAUCCCAUAUCUGGACAUCUGGAACAUCCAUGGGAAAGAAUCAUGUGAUGUACAGCUUUAUAUAAAGAGACAAUCUGAACACUCCAUCUUAGCAGGAGAUCCCUUUGAACUAGAAUGCCCUGUGAAAUACUGUGCUAACAGGCCUCAUGUGACUUGGUGCAAGCUCAAUGGAACAACAUGUGUAAAACUUGAAGACAGACAAACAAGUUGGAAAGAAGAGAAGAACAUUUCAUUUUUCAUUCUACAUUUUGAACCAGUGCUUCCUAAUGACAAUGGGUCAUACCGCUGUUCUGCAAAUUUUCAGUCUAAUCUCAUUGAAAGCCACUCAACAACUCUUUAUGUGACAGAUGUAAAAAGUGCCUCAGAACGACCCUCCAAGGACGAAAUGGCAAGCAGACCCUGGCUCCUGUAUAGUUUACUUCCUUUGGGGGGAUUGCCUCUACUCAUCACUACCUGUUUCUGCCUGUUCUGCUGCCUGAGAAGGCACCAAGGAAAGCAAAAUGAACUCUCUGACACAGCAGGAAGGGAAAUUACCCUGGUUGAUGCUCACCUUAAGAGUGAGCAAACAGAAGCAAGCACCAGGCAAAAUUCCCAAGUACUGCUAUCAGAAACUGGAAUUUAUGAUAAUGACCCUGACCUUUGUUUCAGGAUGCAGGAAGGGUCUGAAGUUUAUUCUAAUCCAUGCCUGGAAGAAAACAAACCAGGCAUUGUUUAUGCUUCCCUGAACCAUUCUGUCAUUGGACCGAACUCAAGACUGGCAAGAAAUGUAAAAGAAGCACCAACAGAAUAUGCAUCCAUAUGUGUGAGGAGUUAAAUCUGUUUCUGACUCCAACAGGGACCAUUGAAUGAUUAGCAUGUUGACAUCAUUGUCUGGGCUCAACAGGAUGUCAAAUAAUAUUUCUCAAUUUGAGAAUUUUUACUUUAGAAAUGUUCAUGUUAGUGCUUGGGUCUUAAGGGUCCAUAGGAUAAAUGAUUAAAAUUUCUCUCAGAAACUUAUUUGGGAGCUUUUUAUAUUAUAGCCUUGAAUAACAAAAUCUCUCCAAAACUGGUUGACAUCAUGAGUAGCAGAAUAGUAGAACGUUUAAACUUAGCUACAUUUUACCCAAUAUACAAACUCGAUCUUGCCUUUGAAGCGAUUGGAAAGACUUGUAGGGAAAAGAGGUUUGUGUUACCUGCAUCAGUUCACUACACACUCUUGAAAACAAAAUGUCCCAAUUUGACUAACCAACCAUAAAUACAGUAAUGAUUGUAUAUUUCAAGUCAGUCUUCCAUAAUAAGAAAUUUUUCCUGUGUCAGUCUAAGAAUGGUGUUUCUUAUUGCAAAGGAGAAAUCAUUUUAGGCUUGAUGUAAGAAAAUGAAAAUAAUAAAUGGUGCAAUAAAAAUAUAGAAUAUACCAAUUGGAUAUAGGGUAGAUGUUCCACAUACCUGGCAAACAAAUGCUUAUAUCUACUCUGUUAGAUUGAUAAGCAAAUAUAGGUAUUAAUGGAGCAGUCAACGUAUAGCACAUUUAUGAGGAAAGUAGAGACUCACUGGGUCACAUAGACUAAUGGAUAGGAAUGUGACAUAAUGCUGCUGAAUUAAUAUACUUAUGGGCAUCUGAAUAGUUUAAAAGUUAGUCAGAAUAGGUAUCAUUAGGAAAGUGAAGAUAGCUUAAACUGCUUCAUGCUUGACUUGAUAGCAAGUUAAAGUGCAAUUAAUGGAAUGGAGGAAAACCCAGAAUAUUUAAUUGGUCUGUAGGGGUCAAUUUGCUUUCAUUUACCACAUCUGCAUCUUGCUGUUCUUCUUACUAAGGAAUCAGGGCAAAUCAUCUGUAGUGACAUAUUUUAGUUUGCUAAUCAUUUAUUUUAAAAUACUGAGGUUGCAGCCACUUAAGAAUAUAGCAAAAGAUGGAUUCAGAUUUUUGGACUUUCCAGAGUACUUGAGUUAAACUAUUUCAAAAAUAGCCUAUAAUUUUAUUCAACAGUUUGAGGCUAUUCGAAUUCUCAGGUGCUGCUACUGAAUAAUGUAAUAGUCUUCAUACAAAGUGGAUAGCAAAGGUUAAAAUCCAUUUGAACAAAUAUGUGAGCUGAGCUGCUGCACAAAGGAAUGUGAUGUGUGUGUGUGUGUGUGUGUGUGUGUUAGGUGGGGUGGGUGACAACAGAAAUGGUGCACGAGAAACUGAUCAAAUUGACAUUAUAUUUUCAGUUUGCUUAUGAAGCUCAAAAUACUAGAGUAAAUGGGUCAUUAAAGAAAAUAAUAUGUGAAAUUAUGGAGUUUAGAAUACAAGUGGGGUAUAUAUACAAAAAGACAAAACUGAGGUUUUGUGGUGGAGAGAUUUUCUUAAGUAACACUGACAUUAAGUUUUAGCUCCUUAGAUUUGGGGGUGCAGAUAUUCUUUUGAGUCACUGUUAUUUUGCCAAUUACACCUAGAAUUUCAAGCAACCAAUUCGAGAUAGGCUGUUUUAGCCAGGCUGCGUUUGUGGACAACUUAUGUAAGAAAGACAUGUUAGAAUAGCUGCUUGUGGUAUUCUUAAAAAUAGAAACAGGAAAUAUGGGGAGGAUACAUUUAGCUGUCCUCUUAUCAGAUGAACACAUGAAGUUGAACAGUUCCUUCAUGAUUCUCUCAAACUUAAAAGCAAAAUAUUUCUGUCUUAUUUAAAAUAUUCUUAGUAUGUCUUAUAGUAAAGAUAAUGCUGAUAAUGAUUUCAUCUCUAAGAUGUAUUAAUAUAUUUGUACUGUUUGCCAAAAUCACAAAUCAUUUAUCUUUUUAUUCCUUUUCAAAAUGGUGUCAGAGACAUACAUGCAUUUUCCCAAAUGACUCUACUUCACUAUUAUUUACAUGGCUUAUUUCAUUAAUUUAUAGAGGGUUUGAGAAAAAGAAUAUGUAGAUAAUUUAAUGGUUUUUCACAAAUUUUAAGCUUGUGAUUGUGCUCAAUGAGAAGGUAAACUUAUUAAAACUUAUUUGAAAUCAA